GUGUUCCUCUAGAGUGCCAAAAAAAAAAAAAAAAAGUGCUGAAGAGUCCUAGGGAGAUGAAGCUAUUUUUAUUCGAAGCUGAUACUUCUGCCUGAGCCACAAGUGCUGCCUGGAAAGGGCUCAGGUUGUUUCCAGGGGGAGAACUCUGCAGAGAAGAGACAAAGUUCAACAGGACAACAAAAGAGCAGCAGGAACAGCCAGGAAAAGGAAGAGACCUCACGCUUUCACACAGAGCCCCCUAUCAGAGUUCUCCAGUCCUAAAGUAUUCUGCAAAGUGCCACUUGACCGGAAUUCUUGCCUGCCUUUUUCUUUCUCCAACCACCAUGACUGAGAUCACGGCUGAAGGAAAUGCAUCUACAACCACAACUGUGAUAGACAGCAAGAAUGGAUCUGUGCCCAAGUCCUCUGGAAAAGUGUUCAAGAGGACAGUCACAGAGGACCUAGUGACGACAUUCAGCUCCCCAGCAGCCUGGCUUCUGGUCAUCGCUCUCAUCAUCACAUGGUCAGCUGUGGCCGUUGUUAUGUUUGACUUAGUGGAUUACAAAAACUUAUCAGCAAGCUCUAUUUCCAAGAUUGGCUCAGAUCCUCUAAAACUUGUACAUGAUGCUGUGGAGGAAACCACAGACUGGGUCUAUGGCUUCUUUUCUUUGCUGUCUGACAUCAUCUCAUCCGAGGGUGAUGAAGAAGAUGAUGAUGAUGGAGAGGAGGACACUGAUAAAGGAGAAAUAGAGGCGCCUCCCUUGAAAAAAAAAGAAAUACACAAAGAAAAGACUGAAAAACUGGAGAAACCUGAAAAGAAAAUACAAACUAAAGUUACACAUAAAGAAAAAGACAAGGUAAAAGAGAAAGAAAAACCUGAAAAGAAAGCAACUCACAAGGAAAAAAUUCAGAAAAAAGAAAAACCAGAAACAAAGACAGUGGCAAAAGAAGAGAAGAAAGCUAAGACUAGAGAAAAGAUUGAAGAAAAGAUUAAAAAGGAAGUGAAAGGUGUGAAACAGGAGAAGGUGAAGCAAACAACUACUAAAGUAAAAGAAGUACAGAAAACCUCACCCAAACCUAAAAAGGACGAGAAAGAUGCUGCAGCCAUGUCCAAGCAUGAACAGAAAGGGCAGAGCCCAGCCAUACCACCUCCGUUACCAACAGAACAAGCUUCCAGACCCACUCUUGCAUCACCUACUCUUGAAGAAAAAGAAGAAGAAAAGAAGAAAGCUGAGGAGAAAGUGACUUCUGAAACAAAAAAGAAAGACAAAGAAGAUGUCAAAAUGAAAACUGAGAAGGAAACUGCCAUGGAUGUGAAAAGAAAAGGUAUUGUACUUUCUUUGCUUCCUUGGAUUAUAUCAGGAUGCUCGUUAAUGAUGGAAUCUUGGGGCAGUGUAAACAGAUUUAAUAUAGUUACUUGAAUCUGUCCAUGUACAGGAUGUCAAAGCAAAAGAUUCUUAGUACAAGGUUAAACAGAUAGGACUUUAUUUAAAGUUAUUGCAAUAGAAUAGAGAGACCAGAAAUCAUUCUGAAGUCUGUUUCACUGAAACCAAAGCAAGAGAGAUUUUAAGAGCUGGAAAAGGGUGGGAGGAUUGUAAGCCAUCUGUGUUUGCUGAUUGAGCUUACUCAGAAGCAGAGUGAACUUUUUCUUAUUUUCAAGUCAAGAGAGUACUUCUGCAACUUGGAGCAAGGCUCCCAAGGGAGUUAGUUUCCUACCCUCCCACAGAACCUGGAGAUGGAUGCACUAUCUUUCUUGAUGAUUAUAUUUCAAAGAAGUGGCUUCCACAUCUCUGAAAAAAGCACUCCAGGUUGUAAAACUAAAAGAAGGCUUUUAAGAAGAUUUAUGUCUUGAAAAAGCAGAGAAAAAAUUUACAAUUACAAAUUUUCUAAAGUAAAUGCUGCGAGAAAAGAAAGGUCAGGAGCCUAAGGACCAGAAGGUGCCUAAGUUUAGUGAAGCUGAGGAGAACUUUAAGGCCAUCUUUGUCAAGACAUAAUGAAACUGAGAAGAGCUACAUAGUAUAACUUUACAAAGAUGAGAAGUGAAGAACACAAAGAUAAUAAUGCAUUCCAUUAAGAAAUAGUGUUGUUCAACAGUGUAGAUUUUUGCUUUAAAUUUAGUUCUGUUUUUACUCUUGUUCAAACAUGAGUAUCUGCUUUUAUUCAAGUUAAGCUUAAAUCUAGGUGAAAAAGAUAGUAGUCUCAACCAUUAUUGUUUGGUGUAAGUAUUUUCACCCCAAAUAUUCCCUCCACUACUGUCAGUGAUGCUUGAAAUUCCGCCAUUAGAGAAACUCCAUUUCUUUGAAUUAUGAAAGAAUUGUCCUCUAUUAAAUUGCAAAUCUCUUAGGGCCUUUGUGCAUGGGGUAGCAAACGAAUUCCUCUGAGCUAUAUUAACACAAAGCAAAUGAGAUUUCCUGAUCUUCCCUGUGUGAUAAUAAGCUGAAAACAAUGCCAUUGAAAAUGAGUCAGUAGGUAAGCUUAAAUGAAGGUGAAAUUGAAGAGAGCUCCAAGGUAGGACAUGGUUUUGGGAGAGUAGACUGGGCUGGAUGCCAUUAGUGAAGACUUCUCUUAGGAAAUAAUAGCGUUGGUUGGGAAAAGAAUGUGGUAAAGGAGAAAAAGGAGAUCAUAGGAUGACAAACUGGACAUUGAUUACUCUUAGUAAGUAGUAAAUAAGUAGUAAAUAGAAAUUACAGAAAACCUCUACAUCGUGCUAUAAGUAGGGUAAAAAUGUUGUAAAAUACAUGACUGCUUGGCUUAUGAAAUAAUCCAGGAAGAGAUAGUCAUGUGUUCUCUGAUUUGGGGACUUGACUGCCAAUUACUUUGAACUUCAAUUAUUAUUAUUAUUAUUAUUAUAUUAAUUUUAUUAUUGAACAUUCAUUUAUCUUGUUUUGUUUAAAGCAUUCUUUAUUCUUCUAGUGAAAUGUGCAUCUUGCAGGAAGGGGGACCCCUUCCAGGGCCCGAAACUGGGCUCUUGUCUAACACUGGGAAAUGAAUUGUCCGAGGAGACACAUGUGCUGACAAAGCAAGAGAUUUUAUUGGGAAAGGGGACCCGGGUG